AUGUCAUUCACGGCUCAAUUCGUUGCACUUGGAUCAGAAAAUAGGUUAUUAGAUGGCAUUCUCUGGUUAGUCUUCGCUAUAGGGGUUUUGAAGGCUACCACUCUUGUUCUCUGCUUCACCAGCCUGAUAGCCGACUUAUUUCUUCUCCCUCGCGUUAACUUUGGCAAAUAUGGGGCUAAAAAGGGCACAUAUGCUGUAAUCACUGGAGCCAGUGAUGGUAUCGGCAAAGAAUAUGCUCGUCAAUUGGCCAAACGCAGUUUUAAUUUGGUCCUCAUCUCCCGUACAUUGUCGAAGCUCGACACUUUGAAGUCGGAGCUUGAGUCGACUUACAAUGUUAAGGUACGUGUUCUCGCUGUGGAUAUCUCCGAGGACUCUGCCGAGAACUAUGCUAGAAUCAAGGCAAUCUGUUCUGACGUACCCGUCACGGUUUUAAUUAACAAUGUCGGUCAGAGCCACAGCAUUCCAGUCCCCUUCUUAGAGACAGAGAACAAAGAAUUACGCGAUAUCAUCACGAUCAACACCACAGCGACUCUUGCAAUUACGCAAAUUGUGGCCCCUCUUAUAGUAGAAUCGGCCAAGGCAGCUCACUGCAAAGGGUUGGUAUUGACCAUGGGCUCUUUUGGAGGUCUUCUUCCUACUCCCUUGCUAGCUACUUACUCUGGAUCCAAGGCAUUCCUUCAAAGCUGGUCUGCGGCUCUCGCAGGCGAGUUGAAGCCUAAGAACGUGGAUGUCGAAAUUGUAUUAUCAUAUUUGGUCACCAGUGCCAUGUCAAAGAUACGCAAAACCUCCGUUAUGAUUCCAAGCCCAGCUCAAUUUGUUGCUGCUACACUAGGAAGUAUUGGAAGGCGCUCCGGGGCACAGGGCCGCUAUGGUACGAUGACUCCUUACUGGUCGCAUGCUCUAUAUCAAUUUGUUAUUGAAAAUACCGUUGGGGUCUACUCUAAGUUGGCCAACAGUAUCAACUACACUAUGCACAAGAGCAUUAGGACCAGGGCGUUACGCAAGGCAGCUAGACAGGCCAAGCAGCAGUAA